UCGGUCAUAGGUAAUCCAUCUGUUUUUGGUUUUAAUUCACUUAAUAGUAUUACUUAUAUCCCGAAAAUAAAUGCUUCCGUACAAAUAUACACAUUCGUUAAACAUCAAACAAGAUUUUAUUGAUAUUUUAAUUUCACAGUACCGUGACAUUAAAACAACCUACUGUCAACGUCGACCUCCCCUCCCCAUUCGCCAGAAUCCAAUUCAUCUUGUCAUAUCCAUCGUUAGAUUAUUAAUAUUUUUGAGUUCUUAAAUUAUUUUCCUUUUUUUGGUUUGUGAAAAGUUUUAUUGUAUAAAAUCAUCGACAAAUUAACAUUUCAUUGGUGAUCACUACAAAAUCCGUCUCAAAGGCUUCAGGCUUCGGCCUGUAGCCAUUUAUAUUAAUACAAACCCUAAAAAAUCAACGAAACAUAGCAAAAGCUAGUGGUUUUUUUACAAGUAUUUAGCUAGAUAUUUCACAAUAUUUCUCAGUAAUUUUCUACAUUAUCACAAAAUGUCUCAGUGGAAUAAUUCUUACGGUUAUAACAAUCAAUUCCAAGUGCCACCUAAUUCUUGGAAUGGAGAUUUAAAUGGGCAAUAUGUAAAUCAACCUUACUAUGAUAACAGGCAAUAUGAGUCAAGCAACCAAUAUGUAAGUUUUGAUGAAUUCUUAACACAAAUGCAGGGUAAUGGUGUUCCACAAAAUAAUGCUUCUAAUUAUAAUAAUGUACAGUACCAAGCUUACCCAACUAAUCAGUACAACUAUCAGAAUGUACCAUCACAAAAUCCACAGAUGGAAUACAAUUAUGGACACCAGAACCCUACUGCAAGUAAUACUUUAGAUACUUAUUCAACCAACAUUCAAAAUCAAUACAACCAAUCUGUACCUGAAUCAAAUACUUUUUCAAAUGAAGUUGUUAUGAAUUCAAAAUUGACACCAACUGCAACAGAAUUUGUACCAAAAUGUUCCAUAAAUGUAGCCUCUACUUCCCAAACCACUUCUCAAGAAACUUCUGUUACACAUAAUGAUGAACCAGAUAACAGAAGUAGUACCACUAAAUCAUCAGAAAGCAAUUGGAGAGAAAGACCAAGCAAUAGCGAAACAGGUAACUCGCAAGUUGAAAUGAACAAUUUUGGUCGAUAUCAAAAAAAUUAUAAAAACACAGAAGGAAAUCGUAAUCGUGAAUCAAAUAGUCGGUAUGAAAAACGUAAUAAUGAAUCAAAACACGAAUCAAAUGGACGCUAUCGUAAUGAACAUAGUAAUAAUUAUCAAUCAAACCAACAAAAUAAGGAAUCAUCAAUACAAAAUAAAGAUUCAGAAAACUCUGCAAACGAUAAUUAUAAUCAUCAAAACGAAAAUCAGCGAAAUUUUGAAACUGGAAAUAGAAACGAAACAAGAAGAUAUGCAAAUGAAAAUAAUCAAUCAAAAGCAAAUUCUAAAUCAAAAAAUAAAGAUUCCGACGCAGGUCGAACUUUCUAUAACAGCUCUAUAAAUAAAAAUAGCCAAGAUGUUAGAAACGGAAGAGGGGAAAGUUCUGGAAGAAAUCGAAACUGGAUUGGCAGUCAACGUGUCCGGACUGCGGAACGUAAUAAUAUCGAAGAUGAACAAUAUGCAAAUACUUAUAUGCACUAUAAAGAUGACAGAGCAGAACGUGUUGCAAAUAAUAAUAAACAUGAAAAAACCGCUAGUCCAGUAAAAGGCAAAAACAAACCUACUAAUGACUCAGGAGGCAACACAGCGAUGACCCAACGUGAGCGUCUCACUGAGCAAUUAGACAAGGGUACUUUGGAAUGUUUGGUGUGCUGUGAACGAGUCAAACAGACAGAUUCUGUUUGGUGGUGCUCAAAUUGUUACCAUGUUUUACAUCUUAGGUGUAUAAGAAAAUGGGCCAUGAGCAGUUUAGUUGAAGGCAAAUGGAGAUGUCCGGCGUGUCAAAACACGAAUGAAGAUAUCCCAACGGAGUACCGGUGCAUGUGUGGUGCUGUCAAAUCACCAGAGUACUCUCGAGGCUCGGUCAGCGCUCACACUUGUGGCAAGUCAUGCCGUCGGCCGAGGAACUGUCCCCAUCCCUGCACUUUACUCUGCCAUCCUGGGCCCUGUCCGCCUUGCCAGGCCACUGUCAGCAAGCAAUGUGGUUGUGGUGCGGAGACGCGGUCGGUGCUGUGCAGCAGCAAGAUGGCGCAGCUGUGCGGGCGCGAGUGCCGCCGCAAGCUGCCCUGCGGCGUGCACCAAUGCCAGCAAGAGUGCCACGAGGGACCCUGCGAUGAAUGCUCAGAAAUAGUCACACAAAUGUGCUACUGCCCCGCGGCAAAGACACGGUCUGUGCCGUGCACUUCAGACACUAGCGAGUGUCGCGCAUGGUCGUGCGGCGCGGAGUGCGCGCGCGUGCUGUCGUGCGGCGCGCAUGUCUGCCGGCGCGUGUGUCACGCCCCGCCCUGCGCGCCCUGCCCCCUGCGCCCCGACAACGUGCACUCCUGCCCCUGCGGCAACACUAAGAUUGAAAAAGAUGAACGAAAGUCCUGCACAGAUCCGAUUCCUUUAUGCGGUAACAUCUGUGCGAAGCCAUUAUCCUGUGGUCCGGAAGGAGACAAACAUUUUUGUAAACAAUUGUGUCAUGAAGGACCGUGUCCGACGUGUCCCGAUAAGACAUUGUUGCCGUGCCGCUGCGGGCACUCGAGCCGCGAGGUGCCUUGCUCAGACUUGCCCGAAAUGCUCAACAAUAUUUUCUGUCAGAAAAAAUGUAAUAAGAAGUUAUCGUGCGGUCGUCACCGCUGCCGCACGGCGUGCUGCGCGGCCCAGUCGCACCGCUGCGCAGUGGUGUGCGGCCGCACGCUGUCCUGCCAGCUACACCGCUGCGAGGAGUUCUGUCAUACGGGACACUGUGCGCCUUGCCCCCGCGUCAGUUUCGAGGAGUUGCACUGCGAGUGCGGCGCGGAGGUGGUGUUGCCGCCGGUGCGGUGCGGUACGCGGCCGCCGGUGUGCCACGCGGCGUGCGUGCGCGUGCGCCCUUGCCGCCACCCGCCGCACCACGCCUGCCACACCGGCGACUGCCCACCCUGCGUCGUGCUCACCACCAAGAUGUGCCACGGACAACAUGAGGAGCGGAAGACAAUACCGUGCAGCCAGGAGGAGUUCUCGUGCGGUCUGCCGUGCGGCAAG